AUGUCCGACGAUGAAGAAGAGCUCGUCGAUCUGCCGGACUUUGCCAACGCGGCCAACCGCGCGCUCUACGCCGAUCUCAAGGACGCGGAGCGGGCGCUCGCUGCGACCGAGGAGGAGCUGGCCGAGACGGGCGAGCGAGUGUCUGUGAUGGAGGGUCACCUUGGCUCGGUGGUGGCGGAGCGGCAGAACACGCAGCGGCUGGUGGAUGCCAAGGCAAAGGAGGUCGAGACCGAAGACCACCUCAAGCAGCUCGCCGAUAGGGAGCUCGGCCGCUUCAGCUCGGAGCUCUCAAAGCUGCAGCGCGAGUGGUGGCAGGAGGCGGCGGUGGCGGAGCGGCAGGCGGAGCUGGAGGCGGAGGUGACCAAGACGUCGGUGCAGCAAGUCGAGCUCGACCGCACCGCCGACGACUACCGCGCGCUGCAGCGCGAGCGGCGCGGCCUUCUCCUCCAGAGCCGCUCCGGCGCGACAGCCUCGCCUCACCCCUCCCCCCCCCCCCCCCGCCCCGCGGCGGCCGCGGAGAGGGACAGGCGGCGCGCGCAGAUCCGAGGCGCGGAGGAGAGCCUCGAGGAGCGCCGGGCGGCGCUCGAGGCUGCAAAGGCCAAGCUAGCGGCGGCGGAGGAGGCUGCGAGCCGCUCGAGCGACAACCUCGGCUCGCUCGAGGCGCCCCGGGCCUUCCUAGACCCUCCCUCGCCCUGCCCAGACCCUCCCUCGCCCUGCCCAGCGGCCUCCAGGCAGAUGGACGAGCUCCACGCCCGGGAGGGGGCGCGGCUCAAGGAGCGCGCAAAGGCGGCUGGCGCGCUGCGGGAGGCGCUGUACGCGGAGACGGCGCGGCUCCAAGCGGCGAGGCAGGAGGUGCUCUACACCGCCGACUUCCAGCUGCAGCUCAUGCAGCGGAAGGUUGCGCGCGCCACCGGCGUCCGCUCCGCAGAGGAGCAGACCGAGCUCAAGUCCCAGAUCGCUACGCUGCAGAGGCAGCUCGAGCAGCAGGGCGCGACGGCGCGCAUGCUCAGCGAGCAGGAGAAGCGGCUGUCCAACGAGCUGAAGCGCGCGCGGAGGCGGGAGGAGGAGGUGACGACGGAAGAGGCGCGGCUGCGGGCGGCGAUCGACGCGGUCGAGGUCGACAACACGCUCGCGCAGAAGCAGAUCAAGAAGGAGGCGCAGCAGCGGCAGGAGGCGACGGUGGCGGCCGACCUGCUGCGGCUCGAGGUCAAGAAGCUGCGCGAGGCGCUGCACGGCCGGACGGACGGCGUCUUCGGGCUCGAGAACCGCAAGAGCCAGCUGCAGCUCUCGAUGGCGGAGCGGCAGGAGGAGAUCAAGGUGCACACCGACGUGCUGCGCGCGCAGCUCAAGGCGGCGGAGGACGAGCGCUCCCGCGCCAAGAAGGCGCGCGCCGCCGGUCGCAGGCUCGGCUCGAUCUCGGCUGGCUCGAGAGCACCUUCCCGCACCGGCCCGCCCCCCUCACAGGCGCUGACGGAGCGGCUGCUGCGUGUCGACCGGCUCUCGGCCAAGAGCGCCAACCUCGAGGGCAAGCCCGGCGCCAUAGAUGCCAGACUGUCCACGCCGGCUCUCGCACACACGGCUGCGUCGAGGCUGGCGCCACCGUGUGCGCUGCGCCAUCUCGUCGACAAGAAUGCUGCGUACAAGGCGGCGCUCGCGCCCGCAGGCCCGCGCACGCCUCUCGCGGAGCAGCGCGCGCUGCUCGAGGAGCAGCACCGCGCUGCGCUCGCGCGGUGCCGCGCGCACAAGGUGCAGCAGUCCGAGGUGGAGGAGGAGAUCGGUCAGAUGGGAGUGACGCUCGACGAGCUCGCCGACGUGAGCGGCGCGCAGAGGCAGCACUACGAGCGGCUCGCCGACGCGUCGCGCUCGAUCGGCGCCACCCUACAGGAGCGCCGCGGCGAGCUGCAGAGGGUAGCCAGCGAGCUGUCGUCGCUGCUCGACGCGCACCGCGAGAGCGCGGCGGCCUCGGGCGUGCAGGGCGCCACCGCACUAGAGCGCGAGGCGGCGCUGUCCGAGCGGCUCGUCGCCAACCGCACCACCCUCGAGCGGCUCGCGGCCCUCUCGGCGGAGGACGCCUCAUUUGGCCCCGCGCUGGAGUCGCUGUGCGCACAGGCUGGCGUCCCGCCCCCGGACGCGCUGCCCGGAGACGAGUGAGCGGCGCAAGUAAAGCGCGCGGCAGUGAGCACGAUUGGAUUUUAUAAUCAGAUAUUCCCAUCUAUAAAC